AUGACUCGGCGGACACAUUACACCAAUCACAAGGUACAUAUUCGGUUCAUCCGAACCCCCAGUUCGAAUUCCAACUUUCAACUCGACCACCAACUUCAAGAGUUCCAAAACAUUCAUCCACUUCCAUCAUCAACAAAUCCUACCAUCCAUCCACUCUCAUCCUCAAACAACCUCCAAACCAAGCAAUCCUCAACGAACAUCUUCAGUUUCCCCACCAAUCGAUUGAUUGCACGAAGCCUAGGAUAUUCUCAGGACCUCAACAGAAUUCAACAAUCCGGACCGGCCAGUAGCCGAUCAUCUCAAAGCAGCAGUGGAGCGCCGGGAGAUAUCCAGCAGGAGUUAGCCCCAGGUAGCAAGAAUAUCAGCAUUCGAAUACCGCCAGUCCCAUCGGAUGCUCGGGAAGAGUGUCCAGAUACCCCGACGCCUGGCAAUCGAGCCAGUGUUCGAGACGAAGAGUCAGUCACUGCUGAGCAACUCAAUACUAGAUCAAAAGCGGGAACAAACAAAAUGGUCAGUUCAGUAUCUCUGAAGCUCAAUCCAGCAAAAAAAAGACUUACACCUUUGAUUAUAUUUGUAAACCAAGCAGGCCGGCAAGAGAGGCAAUUCGAGACGCACCCUGGUCAACACCGCAGGUAUCCAGAUGGCCUUGACGCAGGAAUCACGAAAGAGCACUCGUGCCCCAAGUGGAGAAGAAGACACCCACCAGGUACCGUCGAGGUUGCAUUAUCUGGUUUGAUGCGACUUACUGACGUAUUUGCUUCACAUGAACAGGUCCCAGGUGCAUCAACGGGUAUGUCUCCGAGGGCUAUGUCUUUAGGUGUAGACGGAGACGACGACAUGGGCUCAUUAAAAGCGGGUGCAGCUAAGGCUGCCGGAGAUGACGAGCGUGGCAAUCAGAGUAGUAAGGAGGGAUCCGGCAGAGACGGCAGUAACAGCGAGGAAGAAGAUGAAGAGGCCCCGGGUGAAGAGGAAGCCAGUCCACCAGCUGUCCAGCCGAGGGAAGCUAAUGAGGUAAGAGUCGCAUUUUUUGAGCCGAUGCGACCAGAUGUCCUAUGCUUCUCGAAUGCUGAUUGA